UUUUAGGACAGCAAAAUGUAAGCCUGCGCCAGAGAAGGACCCCAGUAGGAAUGUCUCUCCGCACACUGAAAGCAGUUCUGGUGGAUCUGAGCGGGACUCUUCAUGUCGAGGAUGCCGCCGUCCCCGGAGCGCAAGAGGCUUUAACACGAUUAAGACAGUCUCCAGUCGCUGUAAAAUUCGUGACCAACACCACGAAGGAAUGUAAGAGGACCCUGUUUGAGCGACUGCGCCGGCUGAACUUUGACCUCCAGGAGCGGGAGAUCUUCACGUCGCUCACGGCGGCCCGUAAUCUGCUGGAGCAGAGCGCAGUGCGCCCCCUGCUGCUGCUGGAGGACAGUGCUCGAGAGGACUUCACAGGUAUAGAGACGUCGGAUCCUAACGCGGUUGUGAUUGGAUUAGCACCGGACCACUUCAACUACCAGACCCUCAAUAAAGCCUUCCGACUCAUUUUAGAUGGUGCCCCCCUCAUUGCAAUCCACAAAGCUCGAUACUAUAAGAGGAAGGACGGGUUGGCUUUGGGACCAGGUCCGUUUGUGACGGGUCUCGAGUAUGCGACGGACACCCGGGCCACAGUGGUGGGUAAACCAGAGAAAGCCUUCUUCCUGGAGGCCUUGAGAGACCUGAACUGCUCACCAGAGGAGGCUGUGAUGAUAGGAGACGAUGCCAGAGAUGAUGUUGGUGGGGCACAGAACGCAGGAAUGCUGGGAAUUUUAGUCAAAACUGGUAAAUAUAGACCUGGUGACGAGGGUAAAAUUAACCCGCCGCCUCACCUGACGUGUGACAGCUUUCCAGACGCUGUCAAUCAUAUACUUGAACAUCUCUUAGGAUCUAACCAGUCGGAAAACUGAGUUUACAACAAUACAAAGCAAAGUAAUAAUGGGACUGUGUAGUUUGA